AUGAAUGUUGAAAAGCUACUCAGAGUUGACGCCCAACAGGUGGAAAAGGCAGCCCUCCUGCGACUGAUGGAUGCCAGAUUUCCACCUCCGUCCAUUCAGAAGUGCCCCAAGGCCGGAAAUGCACCAGGUUGUUACGAGUGCUGCAUGCGCUGUCUGGGAGGAGUGCCCUACACGUCUGUCGUGGCAACUCUCCUCUGCUUCUCUGGCAUUGCACUGUUCUGUGGCUGUGGGCACCAGGCGCUCACAGAGACCGAGAGGCUCAUCGAGACCUACUUCGCCCGCAACCUGCAGGACUACAUCACUCUAGCCUACCUUAUUGAGUAUUUCCAGUACAUUAUCUAUGGCCUGGCCAGCUUUUUCUUUCUCUACUGCAUUGCGCUGCUGGCUGAAGGCUUUUACACGACCAGCGUGGCAAAGCAAACGUUUGGAGAGUUCAGGAGCACUGUGUGUGGCCGCUGUCUCAGUACGACGUUCAUCGUGAUCACGUAUUUCCUGGCUGUCAUCUGGCUGCUGGUCUUUGCUUUCUCUGCAAUUCCUGUCUACUUCUUCUUCAACAUGGCUGCAACCUGUCGCACCAUUGACUUUCUUUCUGAGACACCCUCAAGCAUUAACCAGCUGUGCAUGGAUGCCAGACAGUUUGGUUUACUUCCAUGGAACGCAGUGCCUGGAAAAGCUUGUGGAAUGACCUUGUCCAAUGUAUGCAAAACAAGAGAGUUUUUCUUGACCUACGACCUCUACAUCGCUGCCUUCGCUGGAGCCGGGAUUACAUUAUUGGCUCUGAUUCACUGGCCUCUGCAGCUGGCCAAGUGGCAGAUUCUGCUAAGCGACAAGCAGUACAGAGCGAAGGCGAAGAAGAGCGGCAUGCUGUUCAGCAGGAUAUCGAAAUGCCACCGUGGCAGUAUCAGUUCUCCUUACGCUCCCAAACCUAGUGAUGCGUGAUUUCCCAGAAACACUCAAGCCUGCUGUGGCUAAUAUACUAAACGUGUUUAGUCUGAACCUGUAACCAAAGGUUUACUAAUUAAACUGGUUACUGUUAUA